CCCAUGAACGCGUUCAUGGUGUGGUCCCGGGGCCAGAGGAGGAAGAUGGCGCAAGAGAAUCCCAAAAUGCACAACUCGGAGAUAAGCAAGAGGCUGGGCGCGGAGUGGAAACUUCUGUCGGAGAGCGAGAAGAGACCUUUCAUCGACGAAGCCAAGAGGCUGCGGGCCCUGCACAUGAAGGAGCAUCCGGAUUACAAAUACCGGCCCCGGCGGAAAACCAAGACCCUCAUGAAGAAGGACAAGUACACCUUGCCCGGCGGGCUGCUGGCUGCGGGAGGAAACGGGAUGGGAGCUGGGGUCGGUGUAGGGGGUCACUCUGCAGGAUGCAUCAGUCUAAGAGAUGUUCAAGGUUCAAACACAGACACAGGAGGAAGCGGCUAUGCCAGUGUUCGAGGCCCAAACAGCUCGAGUUUAAGCGGCGGAGGAUUUGAGCGUGAUCGGUCGGCGCUGUGGGAGCGCUCAGCUGCUGGCAGGUUUACGACCCCGGCUGCUGCAGCCUUCUGCUGGAGGUCUGGAGCAGCUGAGAGCGAGGGCCCCGUCGUCAUUGCAGUCACUGGGAGGCUGCUGAGCUGGGCUCCAUUGCUUGCUCAUCCCACUCUGGCUAUGGUGCUCAUUCCGGCCCAGUUCCCGGCAGCUGGGUCCCCCAUCCCGGGCCUGAAAACCUCCUCCGGGCAUUCCAAAGCUCCUAUGCUAGAGGGUCAAUCAAACCUUUCCCAGUACUUCGAGCUCACGGUCCAGGUAAUAGUCAGCUAA